UUAUACCCGUCGAAACCAGUUGACGAACAUUUAGUCCUAAAAACAAAAUGAAUUUCUUUUUAUUACUUACGUGGUAUAUUUUAUUUGCAAAUUCAAACGAAGCAGCGAGGAUAUUGGCAGUAUUUCCAACACCUUCAAUCAGUCAUCAGGUAGUGUUUCGACCUUUAACCCAAGAACUAGCUAAGAGAGGACAUGAGGUCACUGUCAUCACAACAGACCCUGCAUUCCUAAAAGGAAAAACACCAACCAAUCUAACAGAAAUCGAUGUCCAUGAUAUAUCCUACGAUAUAUGGAUAAAAACAUUCAUGGAAUCAACGAAAGGGAAUAAAAACGAUGUGAUGAAUGUAAUGGUAUCAAUUUUAAAAGGACUCAUAGCUGUCAUAGACGCCCAGUUAAAAGACAACAAAGUGAAAAGUUUGAUUGAAGACAAAAGUAAGAAGUUUGAUUUAAUUUUCAUAGAAGCCUGUGUUAGACCAGCGUUAGCAUAUUCUUACAUUUAUAAAGCACCAGUGAUACUCAUCAGUUCUUUAGGAGGGGUCCUAGAUAAUUAUGCUACACUUGGUGCUUCUGUACACCCAAGUCUUUACCCAGCUAUAACACGCCAAAGAUUAAACAACCUCACAAUAUGGGAAAGAGUUACUGAACUGUAUUAUGACUAUCUAACAAUAAAAGGAUCCGAAAGCAUGGUACAGGAAGAGGACGCUAUGCUUAGAAAACAUUUUGGGAAUGGCAUUCCGUCGCUCGCAGAAUUAAAAGACACGGUGGAUAUGCUAUUUUUGAAUGCUCAUCCAGUAUUUGAAGGGAUUCGACCUGUACCUCCAUCUGUGGUUUAUCUUGGUGGUCUACAUCAGAAACAAGGAAAAGAAUUACCAAAAGAUCUCAAAACAUAUCUAGAUUCAUCAAAGAAUGGUGUCAUUUACAUUAGCUUUGGCACAAACGUGGAUCCGGCGGCUCUGCCCGCUGACAGAAUUGAAGUUCUAGUGAAAACGUUCUCCAAAUUACCUUAUGAUGUGUUAUGGAAAUGGAACAAUGAUGUUUUACCUGGGCGUACUGAUAAUAUCAGGAUCUCUAAAUGGCUGCCACAGUCAGACCUUCUUAAACAUCCAAAAAUCAAGCUAUUCGUCACACAAGCAGGCUUACAAUCGACAGAUAAAGCUAUAACGGCAGGAGUAUCUCUGAUUGCCAUACCUUUGAAUGGAGACCAGUUUUACAAUGCUGAGAAAUAUGAGUAUCACAGAAUCGGCAUUAAGCUCAUGAUGGAUUCUCUAACAGUGGAACAGUUUACGAAUACCAUUAAUACCAUCAUUCAAGAUAAUAGUUACCGGGAAAACGUUGCAAAACUUCGUACUCUAAUGUACGACCAGCCGAUGACUCCGUUGGAGCGUGCGGUGUGGUGGACGGAGCACGUGCUGCGUCACGGCGGCGCGCGACAUCUGCGCUCUCCCGCCGCCAAUAUGUCGUGGGCAGAAUAUUUAGAGCUAGAAUUGGUUCUAACUGUACUCUUAGGUUUAUUAGUAGCUUUAGCAUUAUUUAUAUUAAUCUUAAGUUCGCUAUAUAAAAUAGUUUUCAGAAAAGUUACACCUAAGAAAACUAAAAGAAGUUGAUGAGGUUGACAUAAUAUUAUGUAGUUAUUUCACUGUGGGUAAUUGUUUCCUAAUCUAAGUGCCUUGAGUAACGUACAUACAAAAAUUAAAUUUAAAAAAUCACUCAGAUAUACAAUAUCUAAUCAACCGUAAAUCAUAUCAACUUCUUGAUUUAUUUAAGAUUCUUCUUUAUCUCA